AUUCCAUCCCUAGACUAAACCCCUUUUUGACUCUUCAAUCUUCACAAAACAUCCAAGUAUUCCUCAAGACCUUUUCUUACCACCAUUUCUACCGAGUCUCUCCUUGUAACCAGCCCUUUAUACCAAGCGUGAUUGAUAGCGUCGAAUCAGGAGAAUCAGCCAUGUCAUCCUCAAUGUCCUCACAGCCACAACCUUACAAAUUCAUACCAUCCGACUCCAAGGAUGACUUGGACCACUUCAUCGACAUCAUCACCGAUUCCUUUGCAGCCACCGCACUCACAACAUCGUUCAUAGUGGACAACGAUAAGACGCCGCCACCCUAUCCUUCAGCACUGAUCGACAAGGAACGUCGACGUAGACAUUUCGCCGCAGGGAUCCUUGACAGCGCUUCGUCUGGUGCUGAACUGGUCCAGGCAGGGAGCUGGUCCGCCGUAGCGUUAUGGGAGCCGCCACAAUUUCAAGGCAAGGCAUUCAUCGACUCGAAAGCUGACCCAGGAGCCCUUCUCACUGAAUGGCGAGGGAAAGUCAGAGCUGCAAAGGCCAGAUGUCUUGCGCUACCUUCGAACUCGAGUCCGUCGACAGACUCGGAAUCUAACUCGACAUCGGACUCAGAUAAGGGGACCGAAGUACAACUCCGACCAUUUUAUCAUUUAUCGUUCCUGGCUCGAAAUAAAUCCGUCUCCAAGGUUGAGGGUAGCAUAAAUGCCGUCAUGACUCCUUUCUUGAAUCGAGCCAAAGAUGAGAACGUUCCUGCUUGGCUUGAGGCUACUACUCCCCAGGCCGCGAAAAUAUAUGAACAUUUCGGUUUUCGCGUCGUCGAGAAGAUCACCAUUGGGAAGGGAAAGAUUGAUCCUGAGGGAUGGCCAAGUUUAGAUGGUCAAGGAGAAGGUGUGACGGCGUGGGCGAUGGUAUAUGAUCAGCAUUUGAGGGAUUGAGUGCUUCGACCUUGACUUUUCAUCUUGGUACGACAAUGUCUUGAGCUUCGGUCUUGCGCGAGAUCGCACUCGGGUGGCCAUAGGUUUGUCACCUGCAAAGACAGUCAAGCAAGGGAGGGGACGUUGACUCACAUCACGCUCUUCCAAACAACGGGUAUCUCCUGCUCGGGGGUCUCCUAGCCUACGCUGGAAAACGCGACUCAUGACGAAAGGACGACUUGCUCGAAAAGAAACAUUUUGGCUUCAGCAUGGCCAAGGAUUCUUCCCGUGGCUGGUUGUCAAGUCGAGGUGGCGCAACUCGGUGAUGUUUCACCUUUGUCAAAUGGCACAAGACCAUGAGGGAAGUCGCAUGAGGCGAAGAAUUCGGGAUCUUGGCGAAGCUGUGUUGUAUGGUCGAUACUGAGUAGGUGACAAGGCUUCUUUGGACCAUCCAUCGCCUUGGUCACCGCCUCAGAAAUUAUCACUACGCGUCCGCGAGGACUGCCUACCUAAUUGAUCCUUCACCUUUUCCAUCACCGCCCUCGCGCGCGCGCGAAAAUAAUUCGGUCCCUAUUUGUUUUUGAUACCUCGAUUUUUGCCUCCAACGGCAGACUUCUCAGGGGCCUCACCCAUACAGGGUCAUUCUUCGGCCUCCGUGUCCCAGUGGCACGGACUCAGGUCGUCGAGUUGAACCGUGGAGGGUCGAUCCUUCUGAGGAGCAGUCUGUUUGAUACCAAAAAAAUUCUGGAGAGUCCUGUCUCCCCUUCAACUCCUGAAGGGGAACUCGGGGUCCGAAUCCUUAGAACCUGGGGCCUGGGACCUGGUUCAGAGGACGCAUCUUGAAGUGGCUCGAAGGAGGUUUUCUGACUCCGAAGGAGGGUUUCCCCUCCGGGUGUGGUUAGUUUUUGCCGGUCUCGGUGAAUUCUCUUUUUUCUUUUUUUUUCUUUCUUGCGCUUGCAGAGACCACCUACAGAAUGUUAUGGAGUGGCCCUUGAGGUUGUUUGUUCCUGUUCUCUCAAUGACCACUACUCCGUGUUCGAUCCUCGGCUUGGGCCUCUUUUUUUCCCCAUCUCGUAUCAGUAGAGAAACCCCUCGAGGGUGAAGUACUUCAGGGACAAGUCCAAAAGACAAAGACACUGUUCUCCAUCGCCCUUGAAUGGAGAGAUAUUGAAUAGUGAUACGGUGACGGCCGACGACCAUCCCCUGUUCUGCGGAUGGGGGAUGAAUGGGACUAGAAAAAACAAUCAUGUCAGAGUAGCAAGGUGAGAUAUUGUGUGGUCCAAUGCAGAUUUGAUAGCCCAAGUCACGGGCCUACCAAGAACCCAUCUUUUGCUCUUUUUGAU